GAUAACAAUUAAUAUAUUAUUGCGUUGAGAGAUGUGUUUAGGCGUUGGUUUGUUAGCUCACAGAUACACACCGUUUACUUGGUUCUCGCCUUAAUAUACUUAACAUUGUUUAUUAAACGACAGUUAAUUGUGAUUUUGUAUACUAUUUUUGUCACACCAUUACUGUCUCCGCUAAGACAUGAGUCGUUUCACAAAUGUGGGUAACUUUGCGGCCGUCGGCUGGUGUUCGGCCGGCGUUGGACUGUUAGGCCUAAUAUUCAUGAUCGCCGGCGCCGUUAUCACAGGAAUCGCUUACACAGAGAUUACUCCACCAAAUUAUGAUGAAAACUAUAACAGAUAUCUGGGCGCAAGUGUUCCCCGUUUAGUGGGUCCAUUUUUGUUGUGUUUCGGUGCGAUCCUAUUGUUCGGCUCGUGUGCCUUCUUUGGUCUGGCCUUUUAUCACGCGAACAGAGAGUAUGACUCCAACGGAAGCACCAGUAGAUAUCAAUAUACGGCCGCCUCGUCUACCGGUGACAACGGGAAGGCCAACGCUUAACCAUUGGAUCCCAUGUAUGAAGUUAUGGACAAUAUAUAUCUCCACCUUUUUGUACAGCAUUUUUCAAUCGGCGGCUCAGUUUUGAUCAUUAUUUAAUACGAGUGUUAUAUUCGCU